CCAUCCGAUACCCGUCGCGCCCACCAAAGGGCCGGCCCCGUCAACGUGCACCAGUUUAGAUAGCUCGUCUUAGCUGUGCGACAACAGCCUUGCGACCACCAGGCAUCCACACGACCCCGUCGCAUACCGCGCCCUGCUGUUCGCGUCUGAAUAGCGCACGACGCGAAGCACAUCGACAGCUCAUCCUCGCAUCAUCCUCCACGGGCGCGCGUCAACUGCCAGCAUGAACCACUACCCUCCUCGUGUCAUGGGAGGCCCCCAAGGCAACGAGCCAGCCCAACGCCUCAAUCAGCUGCUCGACAACAUCAAGACCGAGUUUGAAACCGAGUCGCAGCGUAGCAUCGAUGCCGAAGGCCAAAUUUCCCGCCACAUUCAGGAGAUUGAGUUGAUCCGCGGCAAGGUCUACUCGCUCGAACAAUCACACAACCAGAUGAAAGCAAAAUACGAGGAGCGCAUCGCCCAGCUCGAGCGCGAACUUGAAGCUCGCGGCGGCCCCAGUCAGAGCUCGCAGCACCACGGCCCCUCGCAGCCUCAGCCACCUCAGAUUGGCCAUGGACCUAGUAACCUGUUCGGCGGCAUAAUGGCAGGCAGUGCUGCCCAAGGUGGCCCGGGACUGGCACCUCCCCCACAGGAGCCGCCCCAGGGCCAUGGCAUGCCGCCGCAACUGGGAGGUCCCCAAGGCCCGCCCGGACUCAACCCUGCUCCUGGCCCACCACAGCACUUUGGCGGCUACCAGCAGGGUCCAUCUGUAAAUGGUUAUGGUCAGCCUCCACAGCCCACUGCCUCCCCUGGUGCUAAGCGUCCAGGUCCUGCUCGCGGUCCUCCCAACGGUCCUCCCAACCCCGCGACUCCUCAGCAGAACAACCCUGCUCCGUAUCCCGGAUCGCCUCAAGUCCCGCGACCAACUCCUCCCCCCAACCAUCAUCAGCAGCCGAAUGCUUUGAUGGCGCCCAACCACAUUCCUCUCAGCCAGAGCAACGUCUUGGCUGACCUAGAUAUCGAGCAGUUGCCAGAGAACCUGAAGAAGGAGGGCAGCGAUUGGUUUGCUGUCUUCAACCCUCGCUCCAGGCGCGUGCUUGAUGUCGACUUGAUCCAUAACUUGCCACAUCAGAGCGUGGUUUGCUGUGUACGCUUCAGUUUGGAUGGUAGGUGGGUUGCGACUGGUUGCAACCGCUCGGCCCAGAUUUUCGAUGUCGAGACUGGUAACCCUGUCGCGCAUCUUCAGGACGGAAGCCUUCCCGAGGAUGGCGAUUUGUACAUCAGGAGUGUUUGCUUCAGUCCUAACGGGCAAUACCUCGCAACCGGUGCUGAGGACAAGGUCAUCAGGGUUUGGGACAUCGCUAGCCGCACCAUUAAGCACCAAUUCACUGGACACGAGCAGGACAUCUACUCGCUGGACUUUGCCAGGAACGGCAAGAUCAUUGCAUCUGGUAGUGGUGAUAGGAGUGUCCGUCUUUGGGAUCUUGAGUCCAACAUGCAAGUCUCCAACUUCUCCAUUGAGGACGGUGUCACCACUGUGGCGAUCUCUCCAGACAACCUCUACGUUGCAGCCGGAUCGCUCGACAAGAGCGUUCGCGUCUGGGACAUUCAGACUGGACAGCUUGUUGUACGCCUCGAAGGCGAGCACGGCCACAAGGACAGUGUCUAUAGUGUGGCUUUCGCUCCUUCCGGAAACCGUCUUGUCAGUGGCAGUCUGGACAAGACAAUCAAGAUGUGGGAGUUGUCAACCAACAACCGCUUUGUCCCAGGCGGGCACCAGCCGAGCGGCAAGUGCAUCCGCACUUUUGAGGGUCACAAGGACUUUGUGCUCAGUGUUGCGCUUACCCCACAUGGUGACUGGGUACUGAGUGGUUCCAAAGACCGUGGUGUCCAGUUCUGGGACCCUCACACUGGUGUCGCGCAACUCAUGUUGCAAGGACACAAGAACUCAGUCAUCUCUGUAGCCCCUAGCCCCACAGGAGGCGUUUUCGCUACCGGCAGUGGUGACAUGCGUGCGCGUAUCUGGAGAUUCGACAGAUAUCCCGGACCUUAGGCCAGUCAUGGUUCUGAAGUCAGUCACGAUACGUCAGGGUCAUGGGAAGAUUCUGAGGACGAGCAACUUCUGUGCAAGAUAGAGUCCAUUGAUAGCCCAUAGGGAGACGACUGGGCGGUUGGGGAAAACAGGCAAAGGAGCACGAGGACAAUUGCGUUGUUUUCUUAUUCUUUCGUGUUGGUUUGAUGAAAUCAGGCCUCUAUUAGGUAUUACUUUGAUUCCCAAUUUCCUUUACUAUAGUGAAUGCCGUUGGUGUCAUGAUUCGAUACUGCU